CCUAUAUUUACUCUUGGUUUCUUAAAAUGCUUAACUUGCAGUGAAUCUAGUUAAAAUAUUACACUUUUUUUCACUGCCAUCAUCCUUGGAAGUGAGAUGGAAAAAUGUGCGGGAACUCCCAGCAAGUCAGUCUGUGAGAAGCAGAUACACGCCUCGGUCGGAACGCCUACGGGAAACCGCCCUUCUCCAGCCUUCCAGACAAACAUGGGCCAGGGCGUCUGCGCGCGCGCGGGUUUAACUUGCCCCGCCCACGUCCUCUGCCCUUUCGGGAAACUGCGCAGGCGCGGCGGUUAUAGACAGUUUUGUGAAAUGAGUAACUCCAAUGAUGAUGAUAUCCCCCAGCUUUCUUCCCACACCUUAGCAGCUCUCCAGGAAUUUUAUGCUGAGCAGCAACAGCGGACUGACUCAGGUGGGAAUGAUAAAUACAGCAUUGGAAUAAUAGAAGAGAACUGGCAAUUGAGCCAGUUUUGGUAUAGUCAGGAAACUGCUUUACGGCUUGCAGAGGAAGUGAUUGCAGUCGCUGGAGAAGGUGGCAGAAUAGCUUGUGUGAGUACCCCCAGUGUUUACCAGAAACUGAGAGAGCUACAUAGAGAAGACUUUUCUGUAUGCAUCUUUGAAUACGACAAAAGAUUUGCUAUAUAUGGAGAGGAGUUUAUCUUUUACGAUUACAAUAAUCCAUUGGAUUUACCCGAGAAAAUUGCUGCACAUAGUUUUGAUGUUGUAAUUGCGGAUCCUCCUUAUCUUUCUGAGGAGUGUCUCAGAAAAACUUCAGAAACCAUCAAGUAUCUGACUCAGGGAAAGAUUCUGCUGUGCACAGGCGCCAUUAUGGAAGCAGCAGCAGCAAAAUUUCUUGGAGUGAAGAUGUGCAAGUUCAUUCCAAAACAUACCCGAAAUCUGGCAAAUGAGUUUCGCUGUUACGUGAAUUACAAUUCUGGGCUUGACUGUGAAAUCUAGCUACUUUCUCCUCAGUAGAUUGAAAAGUUAUAACCCACCCCGCCAAACUGGGGCUAUCCCUGGCCUAAUUUUCAAAAUAAAGAAAACAACAUCUCAUUAUUGUUUCUUUAUUGAGGGUUCCUGUAGAGCUCAGGGUUCAUUUGCCAACCUGAAUCCAUGGAAUUAUAGUGGCAGAAUCUUAGAGCUCGUUUAAUCCUGUCUCUUUACUUCAUGUAUAUAAAAAAUGAAACACAAACAGGGACUUGGUAAAGACUUCUUGAAUUAGACUGGACCCUGGCCUCUGUGUCAGCAGCACAGUCCCUUAAAUGUGCUCAUUCUGACCACCUGGGAGCAGCUGGUGCUUUCCCCAAGGAGACAUGGCUUGCUACCACCAUGAAAUAAUCCCGGGAACCAGUGUCAGGAGUGAUGAUAGGGACAGAGCCCCAGUGCCCUCUGUUGUGGCUCAGCCUCAGCGUCUCCAACUCCAGCCAUAUGAGAUGCUCUGAGCUGCCACAUGAAAGCACCCUCUGUGACCAACUCCAUUACACAAGGGGUCGGGGAGUAUGAUAGUCAUCAUACAUCCACACCAUGGUGUCCUGCUUAGCUGUCGACACAAGCAGACCAUG